UUACGCAUAUUAGUUACGUCCUUCGCAUUCACGAAUUACGCUCUAUUGUUUAUUGCUAUAAACUGCAUAUAUUCCUUAUAUCAAUCUGUUUUGUUUUGUUUUGUUGUCCACACGUCACACGAUUCGAUCAUGUCGAAGGUAUCGUCGUACACAAUCAUCUUGUCCAUAGCCGCGCUGUGCUCUCUAUCCACAGCGGCUUCAGGCGCAGAUGACAUCUACCGCGAUAAAGAGAACGUGCUGCAAGCCAACGAAUUUAGUAACGAAGAAGUCAAAGAAUCCAAAUUGAUUACAAAAUGUUAUGACGAGGAAACUAAAUCAGCUUACAAGGUAGACUCUGUUUGGUAUCCAGUGGGAAAAUGUGAAAAACGAACUUGCUCUAGGCAAAAUAACUCAAAAAUCCCAAUUAUAAAAACUAUAGAAUGUGAACCGUGCACUUCAUGUAAAUUGCCUAAUCAAAUAUGCCACCCAUUCCGUUCUGAUAAAAAUUAUCCUAAGUGUUGUUCACAGUGUUUAACAAAGUCUACUAUACUUAUGAAAACAGAAUCAAAGAAAAAAUACCAAAACGUUUAAAUAUUUUCUAAUUAUAAUUGAUUUAUAUUCUAAAAUACAAUAAACUUAUAUAUUCAAUCCUAUUAAUCAUCAUGUAUAAAAUAUAGGUACACUGUACAUGUACUAUAAAUAUAUUUUAAAUUCAAAACAGUGUAGAUAUUUACCUAAAUUAGAAUAUAAUUUGCUGUUAUUACUUAUAAUAUAAAUAAGACAGAACAUAUUAAUUGACAAGUUACAUUUACAUAAUUAGUUGAUAUUUUUUUUAUAAAAUAUGACAAACUACAGUAAAUCUCAAUAUAGGUUCAUAAUUACAUAAAUAUUGUUUGUAAAAAAAAUAUUGUAUGGCAUAUUAUAAUCAUAUAUAAGAAUAUACUAAUAACAAGAAUAAGACAAGUAGGUACUAAUAAUUAAAUUAUGCUUGUUAACAAUUCCUUACAAGUGUCUACAGUAUAGUUUGUAUGGAUAAUAAAAUUAUUUUAUAAUAGGAUUGAGAGGUGUCAAUAUAAAUGCAACAGCUAUGAUUCGUUUAA